AGACAGUUACACGUCUCACCGCUUUAUUCACCUUUCAAAUUAGAUGACUUAAUACAUACUAAUUUUAUAUUAAUAUCGGAAAUAGAAGAAUUCAGAGAAUGAGGAUUGCAGAAAUAGUAAAUAAAGCGGACAGGCAGAGGGACCCAGCAGAGACCAGCAAAGGCUGUAAGUCAUCACAUUCCAUGGAAACAUCCAGAUGAAACCAGAUGGAAAAGCCCUUUGACAAUAUUCCUAAACAACCACUGGGACUACUGAACUCAGAAACACAGCAAGAGAUUAUAUUUGAAACAUGUCUCAGAGUGACUUCCUCUACCCAGAGAAUCCACGGAGAAGGCAGGAAGUAAACCGUCUUCACCAGCAGCUUCUUGACUGUUUAUCUGAUAGCUUCCAUGGUACUAAUAAGCUGAUUGAGGUCUUAAACAUACACUUGGGGUGCAAGUUGGCCUCCAUCGAGAUGAAAAGAGAUGGGACCAUCAAAGAAAACUGUGAUAUCAUCAUCCAAGCCAUGAUGAAAAUCCAAACAGAACUGCAAAAGGUUGAUGAAGCACUAAAAGAUAAGCUAGAGCCAACCCUCUACAGAAAACUUCAGGAUAUUAAAGAAAGGGAAACAGAGAAAAUUGCAAUAGUACAAAAGGUCAUUUCAGUCAUCCUGGGAGAAGCUACUUCUGCAGCCAGUGCAGUAGCUGUUAAACUUGUGGGCUCAAACAUCACAACUGGCAUCAUUAACAAGCUGGUCACUGUGUUAGCUCAAAUUGGUGCUUCUCUCCUUGGUAGUAUAGGAGUUGCCGUUCUUGGCCUUGGCAUAGAUAUGAUCUUCCGUGCCAUCCUGGGAGCAGUGGAGAAAACACAGCUUGAAGCAGCCAUUAAAAGUUAUGAGAAGCAUCUGGUGGAAUUCAAGUCAGCUUCAGAAAAGUAUCAUCAUGCCAUUACUGAGGUCACCAACACAGUGAAACACCAAAUGAAAUGAACAGCCACGGUGCCACUGGAAUAUUUUUCUAUGUCUCUAUAAUAGUGUUUUGCUUCUUGCAUUAGGUUCAUUUUCCAUUAAGUUUCCAACAUGGACAGAAAUAUAGUUAAUAAGUUGGCAAGGUGGUUUAAGAGAUGCUAAAACUAGAGGACUCCAGAGUUUUUUUAUCAGUUGGGUCUAGACCCUGUGAGGCAGAAGAUAUAUCCCAGGAUACCUUCUUACUCUGCUCUACCAGAUCAACAUUACAUUAAAUGCUAUUGUAGAAGAGCAAGUCUAGGGCUUACUUCUUCCUUUUCUUUUCCCCUAAAUUCUUAAAAUUUACUCUGAAUAAAGAAUAACUUUCAUUCCUA